AUGGGUCUUUUUUUAAGAGUAGCAGAUUUUGGCGGAAUUAGUACAUCUAUAGCUAGUUGGACGGUGAAAAGAGUUUCUAAAGCUAUAGCUGUUUUACGUCCAACUUACAUAAAAAUGCCUGAAGGUGAUGACGUUGAAAUAAAACAGGCUUUCUAUAAUAUCACCCGAUUUCCAAGAUGUAUCGGGGCAUUAGACUGUACCCACGUUAAAAUACAAUCACCAGGUGGCCAUAAUGCUGAAAUAUUUCGAAAUAGGAAACAAAUCUUUUCUCUAAAUAUACAAACCGUUGCUGAUCCAUUUCUAAAAAUAAGAGAUAUAGUAGUACGAUGGCUAGUAUCUUGUCAUGAUAGUCAUAUAUUCAGAAAUUCUGCUUUAUAUGCUUCUUUAGAAAUUGAUCGAUUUGGAGACAAUGUGAUAGUAGCGGAUAGUGGAUAUCCAGUAAAAUCUUAUUUAUUGACUCCUCUACAGCAAGUAAGACAUAACGCGGAGGCGCUUUAUAAUGAAUCCCUAGUUCGUACAAAAAAUGUUGUAGAAAGAAAAUAUGGUCUAUGGAAGAGAAGAUUUCCAGCAUUAGCGAUGGGAAUACGUCUAAAACUAGAUACAAUUCAAGCUAUGAUAGUAGUUACAGCUAUUCUUGAUAAUAUAUUAUAG